AUGGCUCCUCCGGCUUUACUCACUGCCGUCGAUGCGACUUCUCAUAUCCAUCUGAUCAUUGGAUCCAACCCACUGGCGGGGGCUCGCUGCUCGAAAUCGAUCGAGGUCGGCGCGCAACCCAUCCUGCUUGCACCAGAGGACGCCACGUUACAUUAUGGCCUGGCCAAACGAAUCGAAGCAGGCGAAGUCAAGUGGCUGCAGCGAAGUUUCUCGGACGAGGACUUGACAACCCUAGGCCGCGCCGAGGUGGAAGGCGUGGUGGACGCGGUGUUCAUCACUGCAGGCGGCAAGCAUGGUUCUGCAACUCACAUCUCCAGUCUUUGCCGGAAACUACGAAUCCCAGUCAAUGUCGCCGACGCUCCCAAUCUGUGUUCCUUCACACUUCUCUCCACACACUCUGACGGUCCUCUGCAAAUUGGCAUCACAACCUCUGGAAAGGGUUGUAAACUAUCUGCAAGGAUACGACGCGAGAUCGCUUCCUCGCUUCCACCAAACCUCGGCGACGCAGUAGAGAGACUGGGCACAUUACGAAGGCGGAUAUGGGAGGAAGACCACGCCGCUGAGCUGUCACAAGAUCUCGAGGCCGAAGAAGAGGAUAGUGGCCAGCCCGCCACAUUCAACAAACUCAUUCUCGAAGAAAGCAAAGAAGCAGCACGAGGUCGACGCAUGCGCUGGCUUUCCCAAAUCUGCGAAUACUGGCCUCUUCGCCGCCUUGCCGCUAUUACAGAUGCCGACGUAGACAUGCUCUUCCGCGAAUUCGCCAGCAGCAGUCCUGCGAAGAUGGGUCCUACAGCCACAAACCCCGACAGGAGGACAGGCCGCAUCAUCCUCGCUGGAUCUGGCCCCGGAAAUCCUGACCUCCUCACCCGCGCAGCACAUAAAGCCAUCCUCUCCGCCGACCUCAUCCUCGCAGACAAACUCGUUCCCUCGCCCAUCCUCGACCUCGUCCCCCGCCGCGCAACCGUCCACAUUGCACGAAAGUUCCCCGGCAACGCAGACAAAGCGCAAGAGGAGCUCUUGGAACUCGGUCUCGCGGGGCUCAAAGCCGGAAAAGUCGUAGUCCGCAUCAAGCAAGGUGACCCAUACAUUUACGGUCGCGGCGGCGAGGAAUACGACUUCUUCCGCGCACAUGGGUACAUUCCCAGUGUACUCCCCGGCAUCACCAGUGCCCUCUCCGCCCCUCUCUUCGCAGCCAUACCCGCCACCCACCGCGGCAUCGCAGACCAAGUCCUCAUCUGCACAGGCACAGGGCGCAAAGGCGCACCCCUCGACCCCCCAGAAUUCCUCGCCUCGCGCACCCUCGUCCUCCUCAUGUCCCUGCACCGUCUCUCCGCGCUGGUAGACAGCCUCGUGGCCAAGGGAUACCCCGUGGACUUGCCCGUCGCCGUGCUCGAACGCGCAAGUUGCCCGGAUCAGAGGGUGAUACGCACCAGUCUGGAACAUGUUUGCGCCGCCGUCGAGGAGGAGGGGAGUAGGCCGCCCGGACUGCUGGUCGUGGGCAAUGCGUGCAAGGUGCUUAUGAAGUAUGAGCAGAGGUGGGUGGUGGAGGAGGGAUUUCAUGGACUGGAUAAUUUGGGGGCCGAGGGCGAGUUGGCGGAUCUAGUGGGUAAGGUGGGGGUUGCGAUGUAG